AUGGAAAACACUAAUCCUAACAUAACCGCACGGACAAGGAAGGUGACCAAUAAGAUGAGUGAUAUUGCGGGAUUGCAUCUGUGUGAAGGUUGUAGGAAAGUAAAUGAAGAAAGAAUAAAAACACUGACUAAUUAUGAGGAGGAAGGAUUGCUUGUUGCUAUCAAACAGUUGGAAGAAAAAAUGGCAAAUGAAGUCAGAUGUCUAACUCAGAUGAUGGAAAAAGUCACAUUUAGAGAAGAGAUGCUAAAAGAACAGAUGAGGGAACAAACUAACUUGAAGAAUAGUCUCAAUGAGGUAAAAAAUCAGGUAGCCAAGGAAGAGGAAAUGACAAAAAAGUGGAAUGAAGUAGUUAAAGAAAAUGAAAGUUUUUCUUGGAAAGCUGAUAAAGAGAAAGUGCUUCAGUUGUUGAAGGAGAUAACUGAUGAAAACUUGGAGAAGGAGGUUUCAAAUGUAUUCAGACUUGGUAAAAGGGUGAAUGAUCAAAAGCCAAGGCCUAUUUUAAUUAAAUUAGGAAAUUUAACUACUAAAAACCUGAUACUAGAAAACUGUUUCAAAUUGAGGAGGAGUAAAUCAUUCAAUGGAGUCUACAUUAACCAUGACCUUAUUAAAUUAGAUAGAGAUAUUUGUAAACAGCUUCUCGAUGAUAAAAAGAAGAAAAUUGCAGAAAAGGACGACAUUAAUAACUGGAUAUUUAAGAUAAAAGGACAACCAGAAUUGAAUCUAUUUUUAGAUGCAUCGGAUUUAAAGUAUGAUUUAAUAGUUAUAAAUGAAGUAAACUCUAAAAAUGUUGAAAACUCUUCAUGGAACAUUAACGAAUUUAAUUUGCCUGGAUAUAGUUACCUGGUUUCAAAUUUCUGCAAAGCAAGCUGUCGAGGUAUUAUGUUAUAUUACAAAAUCAAUUUGCAGCUGUUUAGUGUUCAACUGGAUUCCAUAUUUGAUGAAUAUUUGUGUGCUAGGAUUAACGUCAGAGAUCAAAAUUUAAAUUUAAUGGUAAUUUACAGAAGUCCUAAUUCAAGUAAUGAUAAUAAUGACAAUCUCAUUGGUGUCUUGAAUGAGUUUGGUCAAACAAGUGAUCCAAGUGUCAAAGUAAUAAAAGACUUAGGAACAAAAACCUGGAUUAUUCAAGACAUCUAUAUAAACCGCAACAAGUGCUGA